AUGUGUCCAGAAAACUUCUUUGGCGAAGGUUGUCGAACGGAUUGCCUGUGCCAGAACGGAGCACAUUGCCAUCAUAAGGAUGGUCACUGCGAUUGCAGUCCUGGGUGGACGGGUGAUCUCUGCGAUGAAAGAUGUCCACAAGGUUCAUACGGAAUGAACUGUGAAUAUGGAUGCUUGUGUGAAAAUGGAGCUGAAUGCAAUCAUGUCGACGGCACUUGUUCAUGCCUGGCUGGCUGGCGAGGACAAUUCUGUACGGAUACCUGUGCGGAUGGUACCUUCGGAUUGAACUGUGAGAAUGAAUGUCAGUGUCUUAACGAUGGCGCAUGUGACCCUGUUUUCGGAUCAUGCAGCUGCCAACCUGGAUGGACUGGGGACUUGUGUACUGAGGUUUGCCCGACAGACACCUAUGGAUUAGGAUGUACUGUGGAAUGUAGAUGUCAAAAUAGAGGCACCUGUUUUCAUGUGGAUGGAUCAUGCAGGUGUGGUAAAGGUUUUAUUGGAGAAACAUGUGAACAAGAAUGUCCAGAAGGGUUCUAUGGGCUUGAAUGCUCACAACAGUGCCAAUGUGAAAAUGGAGGAACAUGCAACCACAUAGAUGGCUCAUGCACGUGUACUGCUGGUUGGAUAGGACUAGAUUGCAAAUCCCCUUGUGGAGACAGCUCCUUUGGUCUACAAUGCCGGGAAGUUUGCGCCUGUCGAAACAAUGCUUCGUGCAACCAUAUCGAUGGGAGUUGUUUAUGCCAACCAGGAUGGAUAGGAGAUUUGUGUGAAAACAGAUGUCCAGAGGGACGUUACGGCAAUGCUUGUAUGCUUCUUUGUGGUUGCACAAGUGGUGGAUUGUGUGACCAUGUUGAUGGUUCAUGUAAUUGUUUUCCAGGUUGGACUGGCAUGGCAUGCAGUGCACGUUGCCAGGAUGGAUUUUUCGGACAAGACUGCCGACAGUUAUGUCAAUGCCAGAAUGAUGGCACAUGCGAUCACAUCGAUGGAAUAUGCACUUGUAAAUCUGGAUGGACUGGGGAAGUGUGUGCUGAAAAGUGUCCAGUAGGAUCUUAUGGGAACGAAUGCCUGCAACAGUGCCAGUGUGUUAAUAGAGGAACUUGUCAUCAUGUUAGUGGAGCUUGUUCCUGUGCUCCAGGAUGGCAAGGUGUCACUUGUGCUGAGCCCUGCAACGAAAACUUCUAUGGACAAGACUGCCAGGAGCGCUGUCAGUGCCAGAAUGGUGCCACAUGUGAUAAUCUAGAUGGGUCCUGCCUUUGCGGACCUGGAUGGAUCGGGGAGUUCUGUGAACAAGCGUGCCCUUUUGGACUUUUCGGAUCUGGUUGUUUACAACAGUGUCGAUGUGCAAAUGGUGGAAGUUGCAGUAACAUUGAUGGGUCUUGUUCUUGUUCUCCGGGUUGGACUGGACAGCUUUGUAAUGAGAGAUGCAGAGAAGGAUUCUUUGGUCAUGGAUGUCAUGAAAUAUGUCAAUGCCAGAAUGAUGGUACAUGCGAUUACAUCGAUGGUUCAUGUACUUGUAAACCGGGAUGGACUGGACCAAGAUGUCACCAACCAUGUCCUCUUGGUACGUUCGGAACUGGGUGUUCACAGGAAUGCCUAUGUCAAAACGGAGCACACUGUAAUCAGACAGAUGGAACCUGCACUUGUUCAUCAGGUUGGAUGGGGGAAGUCUGUGAUGUUGGAUGUCAGGAAGGGUUUUAUGGACUUGACUGCAGAGCUGUGUGUUCUUGCGUGAACGGUGCGAAUUGUAGCCACACCAGUGGUUCAUGCUUUUGUGCACCAGGCUGGAUUGGAGAGACAUGUUCUGAGAUGUGUCCAGAAAACUUCUUUGGCGAAGGUUGUCGAACGGAUUGCCUGUGCCAGAACGGAGCACAUUGCCAUCAUAAGGAUGGUCACUGCGAUUGCAGUCCUGGGUGGACGGGUGAUCUCUGCGAUGAAAGAUGUCCACAAGGUUCAUACGGAAUGAACUGUGAAUAUGGAUGCUUGUGUGAAAAUGGAGCUGAAUGCAAUCAUGUCGACGGCACUUGUUCAUGCCUGGCUGGCUGGCGAGGACAAUUCUGUACGGAUACCUGUGCGGAUGGUACCUUCGGAUUGAACUGUGAGAAUGAAUGUCAGUGUCUUAACGAUGGCGCAUGUGACCCUGUUUUCGGAUCAUGCAGCUGCCAACCUGGAUGGACUGGGGACUUGUGUACUGAGGUUGGACUGGCAUGGCAUGCAGUGCACGUUGCCAGGAUGGAUUUUUCGGACAAGACUGCCGACAGUUAUGUCAAUGCCAGAAUGAUGGCACAUGCGAUCACAUCGAUGGAAUAUGCACUUGUAAAUCUGGAUGGACUGGGGAAGUGUGUGCUGAAAAGUGUCCAGUAG